AUGUACGAGUCGAAUGAAAUGAGUAUUGAACUCACUCAUACCUCCACGCAUCUCUACAGGAAUAGAGGUUCCAACAUCCUUCAGUCUCAUUUUGUUCAACUCCUUGAACAGAAGAUCGUUUUGAAGUUGAUCGAUGCGGACUGCCUCAUUGUAUCGAUUUUGGAGCAUCGCUUGCAUAUUCUGUCCGACAAUCAUUCCACCGGGUCCUCCGAUAGCCAUUCCGCGAAGCAUGCCGGGGUCGUAUUGAGGACGAACUGGUGGAAGGCCAGACUUGUCCUUUUCGUAAUCAGUCCACGCAUCUCUCAUUUCUUGCUCCGUGAGUUUUUCCUCUUCGACAUUGGCAAAGAGAGUGUCAUGCUCAAUGUAAUCGACAACAGCGCUUGGAUUCUGAUGGAUGACGUCGGCAAGAAGACGAUCUUUUGGCGGAGCACAAGCAAUCUCCACAUCUGGAUCAAAUUCCGACGGUGUAAAUUGAUAGAGUUCUGUCAGAUCAUGACCCAAAUAAUGUCGUUGAAUUUGGGCCUCGUCGACCACUCUCAUAGAUGUCGACUCCUUCGUUACUUGUCUUUUAUAGAUACGUUCUUCCAUGGUUCCUUGCGCAAUGAAUCGAUAGAUAUAGACAGGUUUUGUUUGUCCAAAACGGUAUACACGGAACAAAGAUUGAGUAUCAUGAGAUGGAUUCCAGCAAGCGUCGAAAAUGAUAACGCGAUUAGCAGCGACCAUGUUGGUUCCAAGAGAUCCGGCACGCGUAGAUAUGAGCAUCAAUCUGAACAUUCGUUAAUUGAGAAAACUUCAAGAAACUCUAUUUGGAUCACAAAAGUGAUUCGAGCAUUUGGAAAACUACUAUCUUACCGUGCUCUCAAAUUUUCGGGACUGUUGAAGUGUGUCUGCACUGAAUCACGUUUUCCUGUUUGA